AUGGGGAUCGAAACGCUGACCGCCGCCGGGUGGGCGGUGGUGGCGGUGGUGGCGAUGGCGGUGGCUGUGGUGCUCCGGCGGGUGCUGGGGCCACGGCUGCCGCCGGGGCCGCGGGGGUGGCCGGUGGUGGGGAAUCUGUUCGACGUAAAGCCGCUGCGGUGUCGGUGCUACGCGGAGUGGGCGGCGGAGUACGGGCCGAUCGUGUCUGUGUGGCUGGGGUCGACACUGAACGUGGUGGUCUCGAGCGUGGAGCUGGCGAGGGAGGUGCUGAAGGAGAAGGACCAGCAGCUGGCGGACAGGCCGAGGAAUCGGUCGACGGCGAGGUUCAGCAGGGACGGGAAGGACCUGAUCUGGGCGGACUACGGGCCGCACUACGUGAAGGUCAGGAAGGUCUGCACGGUGGAGCUCUUCUCCCCGCGCCGCCUCGAGGCCCUCCGUCCCAUCCGCGAGGACGAGGUCACCGCCAUGGUCCAGGCCCUCUACCGGGACUGCAUCAACCCCGGUAACUCUCUCUCACCACCUCUCUCUUCAUCUCCAUCUUCUGUGGCUGUAAUCAGCGGGAGGUGAUCUCUAGUCUGAUCUACGGUUGGUGGCGGUUGUUGGCUCCGGUCCUAUUGUCUGUUUCACCCCAGCCGCCAUCUCUCUCUCUCUCUUUACGAACUUACACAGAGAGAGAGAGAGAGAGAGAGAGAGAGAGAGGGUUUUCUCUUACUGUGAAUUGGGUAAUGGGACUGCUUCGCUGUCCCCAAGUGCCCAUUUGAACCGUAGCUCUCUCUCUCUAGCGACUUUCGAACUAGUCAAGAAAGGUGUUCUCUGACUCUCAUGCUGUUGGGUUAAUGUGGGCUGCUUUGCUGUCCCCUAGUGCCCAUAUUUAUCUCUCUCUCUCUCUCUCUCUCUCUCUCUCUCUCGCUAUCUACAUAGUAUGGUUAAGGCUAGGAUCCGAAGGGUUUAACCAUACAAAGAUAAGACCAUUAGUUUUCGACCUCGCUAUCCAGACUGUUGCUUGGAUUACCGGACGGGUCCGUUCUUUGGAGCAUCCCAUUUAGCUAAAAGCCCACGGUGAGGUACAUAUUUUUUCUAAACCUCCCCACAACGUUUUUAUAUGGUCAAACUGUUUUCGUAGCUCAUGUGUCCCUAAUCUAUUGCCUGCAGUAUACCGAGAAUGGUGCCUUUCCCAAAAGCAUCCCUCUAUUUAUCAUUUUGUUGAUAAAAAAAUUCUUAAGAUUUUAUAUUCGAUUUUAAACCUCUUUCUAAUUGUGCUGCCCAGCCUAGGAUGUGAGGAUACCAUGAGGUUUUGCAAAAAAACCCUCAAAAAUUAGGAAUUUUGAUUUUUAUACAUCUAUAUCACGCUCUGUUGACCUUAGGAAAAGCACCCGUUUCAUAAAAACCUGUUCCGAAUGCGUAUUUAUAUUAUUUUUAUCUGUUAUUAGGAGUUGUUCUUUGCUAAAAGGCCUCGUAAUUUCUAAAUUUUGCAUUUAUACGCUUCUAUUACCCUCUGAUGGCCUUGGGACAAUACCCAAGUUCCAUAAGACGCUGUGGGUAAUUAUAAUAUUUUCAACUGUUAUUAGGAGGCGGAACACGAGUUUUUAAAUUUUCGUUUAUUUGGCCUCCGAAUGCGGGUAAUGGUGAUAGUUUUUAUUUUUAGGGGUGCCAGGUGGGUUUCUUACGUGUUUUUUUUAUUUUUAUGUGGAUUUUUGCAGAGAAGAAGGGGAGGAGCUUGGUGGUGAACGAGUACCUGGCGGCGGUGGCCUUCAACAACAUCACCCGGCUGGCCUUCGGGAAGCGCUUCGUCGACGACGAGGGGGUGGUGGAUGAGCAGGGCCUAGAGUUCAAGGCCAUCGUGUCCAACGGAGUGAAACUCGGGGCGUCACUUGCCAUGGCGGAGCACAUCCCAUGGCUCCGCUGGAUGUUCCCCCUCGAGGAGGAGGCCUUCACCCAGCACAACGCCCGCCGUGACCGCCUCACCACCGCCAUCCUGGACGAGCACACCCGCAUCCGCCUGGAGAGCGGCGGCGCCGCCAAGCAGCAUUUCGUCGACGCCCUCCUCACCCUGCAGCAAAAGUACGACCUCAGCGACGACACCGUCUUCGGCCUUCUCUGGGUACCCUUCGUCCCCUUCCUCUUGUUCACAUUCCCCUUCCCCUUUCACUGAGUUUCUAGGGUGGGUUUGACGUGGACUGACCUGUGUGGCGGCGGCAAUGGCAGGACAUGAUAACUGCGGGGAUGGACACGACGGUGAUAUCGGUGGAGUGGGCGAUGGCGGAGGUGAUCAGGAACCCGAGGGUGCAGGCGAAGGCGCAGGAGGAGCUGGACAGGGUGGUGGGGAAGGAGAGGGUCCUCUCAGAGACGGACUUCCCCAACCUGCCGUACCUCCAGUGGGUGGCGAAGGAGGCCCUGCGCCUCCACCCGCCGACGCCGCUGAUGCUCCCCCACAAGGCCGCCACCGCCGUGAAGCUCGGCGGCUACGACAUUCCCAAGGGCUCCAACGUGCUGGUCAACGUCUGGGCCAUCGCUCGGGACCCUGCGGUGUGGAAGGAUCCUCUGGUAUUCCGGCCGGAGAGGUUCUCCGAGGAGGAUGUCGACGCCAAGGGGCACGACUUCCGGCUGCUUCCCUUCGGCGCCGGCCGGCGGGUCUGCCCGGGGGCGCAGCUGGGGAUCAACAUGGCCCAGUCGAUGCUCGGCCACCUGCUGCACCAGUUCCGGUGGGAGCUGCCGGAGGGGGUCUCGCCGGAGGAUUUGGACAUGGAGGAGAGCCCCGGGCUGGUCACCUUCAUGAGAACGCCCCUGCGGGCGGUUGCGACGCCAAGGUUGCAGGCCGCCGAGCUCUACAAGCGCGUGCCGGCGGAGAUCUAA